UUCCAAUUCACUCUUCUCUGCACAUCAAGAGCGCAUCAGAGGACCUAGCCGACAUAUACCGCAACCAGCAUCCAUAACCCGUACCCACACCGCCGCCAUGUCGACGGCCCCAACACCCAUCCCAGCGGACGCGCUCAACCGGUACCGCAUCGCGCACCCCGACCGCGAGGUCAAGACGGUCAUUCGCCGCCUGACACGUCUCCCGCUGCUGGCGGCGCAGCCGGUGCCGGAUGACAGCGCGGGGCUGGACCACGCGCAGGAGCUGGCGUACGAGCGCGAGCUGGUACGCCUCGAGGUGGACAAGUGGCGUCUCGGUGUCGAGCGGACGGUGGUUAGCGUGCGCACGCUGGAACGGCAGCGAGAGAGCUAUCUGUCCAAGACGGCCGAGACUGUCGAAAGAACACGAAAGCUCCGCCAGACGCUCGAGGAAGAAAAGGUCUUGCUCAAGAAGGGCCUCGCGGAACGCGACCACCGCGUCAAGUGUGACGAGGUCGCCAAGAAGAUUGUCGCGCGGGGCAAGACGAGAAAGGAGCUGGAAGCGCAAAUAGACGAGAUCAAGGCGUCGCUCGCGGAGCACCGCGCGCUGUACGAGCAGGUCCUUGCCGUGGCUCAGGCGCGCGCCGACACGUUCACGCGCAUCACGGCGCUGGUGGAGGAGUGCCGCGCUCUCAAGCCGGCACCCGAGGCCCUGGCGGUCGACGGCGAGAUGGACGUGGACGACGCACCGGAAGCGUCAGGCAAGGCGGCCCCACGGCUCAGCGCCACGACAUUACCGUUCCAGCCCUCGGCUGCGAGCGGCUCGUCAUCGCGCCCGGCGUCCAAGUCGCCCGCGCCGCACCCGCUCCCCACGCGCCCCGGACGCACAGCAGCAGCGUACAAUGCGCGCUCGAGCUCUGGCCCCGCCAGCCUGCCCCAGCGCCCUAGCAGCCUGCGCAACGUCACUGGUAGCCUGGAGGAGGGCGAGCUUGGCGACGACGGAGAGGACGGAGAGGUCAAGGAGGCGGGCGGGGCGGGCGGCAAGCGCAAGGCUGCGCCUGAGGCUGAGCCGGCCGGGCGCGAGACGCGCUCGACACGGUCCAGAACGGCCAAGUAGGAGGAGAGUGUGGCAUGUAGUUUGCGCGGGUGUAGCGUGGUCUUGGGGCGUAGCGUAGUCCUGUCUGCAUUAGAG